GAACUAUAAGAACAAAUCGCACUUUUAUCACACAAGUUCCCCCGAAAAAGCCAUGAGUUUUCUGAUAUCGAGAUCGUUUCUGCACACCGCACGUGCUAUUCUGAUAAGACAAGUUUCAACCAAAACUGCAACCACAACCCCCGCCGCCAAGGAAAAAUGGGAUCUGUAUGCUGGGGUGCUGGUGGAACGACUGCCGGUGAUUACCAAAACAAUGGCCCCGAUUGAAGCCAAUUUUAAGGCAAUGCUCGAUCAAAUCGAGUUCGAAAACAGUCUCAAAUCGAACCACGAACUGCGCAAGGAGAUGGAAAAGCGCCAAGCCGAACUUCUUAAAGCGGGCAAGAUCGAUCUGGAUUCGGAAGCGCUCAAACAGACGGCACAGGAUUUGGAGGAUGCCUACAACGAUGAGUUCAGCAAGUUCAAACCUGCCCCGCGGCUUACGGAGGCAGACCAAAAGAACGACGUGAAAUCGUUGAAUCGAAAACUAGAGGAAACGCUGGUCCUACUGACGGAACAGAAGCUUGGCGAGAAGAGCUACUAUCUCCUUCCACAAGGAAAACACACCGCAGGUGAAUCGCUGCGGCAAACCGCCGAACGUGCAUUGCAGGAAAACGUAGGCGACGCGCUGAAGGUUACUUUCUACGGAAAUGCUCCUGUCGGGUUCUACAAGUACAAAUACCCGAAUACAUCACGCCAGGAAGCGAUCGGAGCGAAGGUAUUCUUCUUCCGGUGCGCGCUCAAGCCAGACAGUGCAAACAUAGUCGAUAAGAAGGCCAAAUUCCAGUGGUUAGACCAAUCAGGACUGCAGAAAACCUUGAAAGAGUCCUACUACCAUAGCGUUUCGCAAUUUUUGUUAUAAUUGUCUUUGCUGAAUAAACA